AUGGCAAAACCAGCAGAAGGAACAUCGUACCUACAGGCCGCAAACUUACAAAUGUUAGAUUCAAGAAAACUUUUCUAUAAUACCGUCGAUGGGAACGGUGAAGGGAGCGUCCAAGUGAAUUACGUUUACUGUCAGCGUAUUAAUGAUACGGGGAAAAAGAUAGAAGGGAAGCUGAAGGAAUGUACUGAAAUUGGAUCUAAUGCUGAGAAGAUUGCAAAUGGUCUUUGUUACGUUCUUAUGAAAAAGAAAGAAGCACAAGCACCAGCAACCGACACCAAGCCAUUAGGGCGAGUGCCGGAGCUUCCGCCUCCACCUGGACCACCCGGACUCGGCGAUACGGACGAGUUCGCCGAGUCGGCCGAAUUGGACAAAUCGUUCAAUAAAUCCCUUUGUCAUUUUCUCUAUUACUGGCUUGGUAAGGAGGUGUGGGAAAGUAACGGCAGUUUAAGUAGUUCUAAAUUCUUAGAGGUGAUGAAAAAAAUAUAUGAAGCACUCCAAUUAUUCAAUGUUAAGGACAAUUGCAAACUUUUAUACGACGACACCACCCCUAACAAACUUCCUUCCACCACUACCAACUUGACCAAGGACCUCUUUGGUUAUCGAAAAACGGUGUUUGAUUUCACCUUCGACUACGAAGGUAUAAAGAAAAAAUUAGCCAUCGUUGACAACAACUCUUGUGAUGAAGGUUAUUACAAACACCUGGCGGCAGCUAAAACGGCACUUGAAAUAGUGAAGCAGGAUUGUGAGGGCAAAGGGCCCAAAUGGGACAAAGAUCCAUAUUGUAAGGAAUUUAGAAAUAAGUACGAUUUAAGCAAUAAUAAUAAAAACCCACUAACCUUAACAAUUAAUGUAAUACAGGAUACUUCAGAAAAAGUUACAAGGUACAAUAUCACUAACUUAGUUCUAAAAUAUACAGCUCAGUACAUGCAGGAGCUCGCUAAGAAGCACCAUGACACUGCAGCAGAAGUAGAACAGAUUGCUGCCGGCCCAAUCGUCUCUUCCGCAGUUGCCUCAUUAGUAGGACUUCCUACCAUCCUUUUCCUCCUUUACAAGGUAACUAUUUGGGCACAUUUGAAAUAUAAAUAA